GCUCCUUCCAAUUUCCAUCACGAACGGUCAGGCAUGUCUCUCCAUAUCUUGUCAGACCUCCACUUGGAGGCUCCAAAAAGCUACGACAUCUUCGAGAUCACUCCAAAAGCGCCCUAUCUGGCAUUGUUGGGCGACAUCGGUAACAUUGCCGCGCACAAGGACGAUUACCUCGCCUUCUUCAAGAAACAGCUCAGACAAUUCCGCGCUGUCCUUCUCGUCCUCGGCAACCACGAAGCCUACCACUCCACCUGGCCCGAGACACUCGCCAUUCUCCGUGAAUUCGAGCAAGACGUCCACGUCGACAGCUCUCUCGGCUACUUCGUCCUGCUCGACCGCACAGUGUUCCGAGUACCCGAUACCAACAUUGUCGUACUCGGCUGCAGCCUCUUCUCUCACGUGCCCGCAGAGAGCAGCAUGGCCGUGAGUUUCGGGCUCAACGAUUUCUUUCAAAUUCGCCAAGGCUGGGACGUCGACGCUCACAAUAACGCCCAUAAGUGCGAUCUUGCAUGGUUGAACGAGCAAGUGCGAAACCUGGAGAGCGAGGACGUGAAGAUCAUUAUCCUUACCCACUGGAGCCCGUCAACUGAUCCUCGUGCGGUGGACCCAAGACAUGCCGGCAGCCCUAUUUCCAGCGGAUUCUCAACGGAGCUGUCCGGGGAGCCGUUCUUCAAGAGCACGAAAGUCUGCGUGUGGGCUUUUGGGCAUACCCAUUACAAUUGCGACUUUUUCGUGGACAGGGGACCCGAUGCCGCGCCGUUGAGGCUGGUGACGAACCAGAGAGGUUACUAUUUUGCUCAGUCAGCAGGCUUUGACCCGGAAAAGACGAUCGAGGUGUGAAUGACGGCAAGAUGGCUGUCAAACCUUGCUGCAGUUCUGGGCUCGGGUGGUCUUUCGAAGUCAGCCUCCAUCUGGACCUGUAGGUAGAGGAAUCAUGCCCUGCUAAGCACCGAACCUGGUGUUGGACAGGCGCACACCACUGCUGUCCCUCUCCCCUAGUGUGAUGUAGUCAUCAUACGCUCUAUCUCUUCUCGCCAGAUCCUUCUCCGCUUUCUCCGCAUCUUCUUCCUCCUCUCAGCUUCUUUACUCCAUGCCUUCCAUAACCUUGCAUUCAAUUCUCAUUUUAUUAAUUCUGCGCUUUCCCCGAAAAGAUGGGUUUGAGGGUGGUCCUCCGGGUUAUAUGACCAGAGUCACAAGAUGCCUGGACUCUGAACUAUAAAUUCCCCAGGAAGCUCGUCUAUUCGGACAUUUUACCCG